AUGGCAUUGGAGCGGUUCCCCGUUUUAUCUUUGAAAUAUAGUAAUGAAUCUGGCGAUUACUUUACUUGUUCAGAGAUAUGCCCCAUAUGUAAUAAAGAUCAUAUAAAAGAAAAUAUGGGAUUUAAUGUAGAAGGUAUAUGGGAUACGUAG